AUGGCCCAGAAGAAGCACAAGUACGAGUUCGGAGGCCCCCCCGGCGCCACCGCCAUCGUCUUCGGGCUUCCCGUCCUCCUGUGGACCUUUUUCUUCGUCUGCAAUGACAAGACCGGCUGCCCUGCCCCUUCCACCCUGCGCCCUCGGACCUUGACCUUGGAGAAGCUCAAGGUCGAGACCCCAUGGCCCGCGGACGGCAUCUGGGGCUUCUGCACCUGGGAGGCCAUGGGCUGGACGCUGGCCUACUACCUCCUGAGUUUGGUCCUCUACCGUUUCCUCCCCGCCCAGGAGAUGCUCGGCACAAAGUUGGUGCAGUCUGGCCUGCCUCUGAAGUACCGUUUCAACUCCUUCAGCGCCUCAGUCGUCCAGCUUCUCGCCUUGGCCACGGGGACUUACGUUCAAGGCGCCCACUUUGUCGUCUGGACUUACAUCUCGGACAACUAUCUCCAGCUGCUGACCGCAAACAUCAUCCUCGCCUAUAUCAUCACCGUGUACGUCUAUGUCGCCAGCUUUAGCGUAAAACCUGGCAAUUCCGACCUCCGCGAGCUCGCUGUCGGUGGCAACACUGGCAGCCUGAUCUAUGACCUGUACAUCGGACGCGAGCUAAACCCACGCGUCACCCUCCCCCUCUUCGGCGAGGUCGAUCUCAAGGCUUGGCUCGAGAUGCGCCCCGGCCUGACCGGCUGGAUCAUCCUCAACCUCACCUUCUGCGCUAAGCAGUACCGCUCCUAUGGCUACCUCUCCGACAGCAUCAUUUUUACCACUGCCGUCCAGGCCUACUACGUCCUCGAGGGCCAGUUCAUGGAGGCCGGUCUCCUGACUAUGAUGGACAUCACUACCGACGGCCUGGGCUUCAUGUUGACCUUUGGCGACAUCGUCUGGGUCCCCUUCCUCUACUCCACCCAGACCCGCUACCUCUCCGUCUACCCGGUCCACCUGGGCCCGGCUGGCAUCGCCGCCGUCUUGGCCGUCUUCGCCACCGGCCUGUACAUCUUCCGCUCCGCCAACAACCAGAAGAAGGUGUUCCGCACCCAGCCCGACCACCCGAGCGUCCGGGACAUGCCCUUCCUCCAGACCAAGCGCGGCACCCGCCUGCUCACGGGCGGCUGGUGGGGCCGCUCGCGCCACAUCAACUACUUUGGCGACUGGCUCCAGGCCUCGCCCUUCAGCCUGCCGACCGGCGUCGCGGGCUUCCAGAUCCUCGCCGCCGGCAGUGCCGUCUCCGGUGCCGUCACCAUGCUCGACGGCCGCGAGGUCGUCCAGGGCGCCGCCCGCGGCUGGGGCAUGGUCUUCACCUACUUUUACGUCCUGUACUUUGCCAUCCUGCUCAUCCAUCGCGAGGGCCGGGACGACGUCGCUUGCUCCGAGAAGUACGGCGAGGAUUGGGACAAGUACAAGAAGAUCGUCAGGUGGAGGAUCCUGCCUGGAGUCUACUAG